GGCUUGCAAUCUCUAGUGAACCUUCUUUUCUUCAAGUCUAGCCCAACCAAGGCAUCUUUAUAAAAGAAAAUCUUCAAAUACCGCCUUUCUCUAUUUCGGCUCCGCUGUUUGUACAUUUGAGGUCAUGUCGAAACAAGAAAAGACAGGUGACCUGGUCAUUCAUGAGUCCAGCAGGACUGUGGAAGAGAAGGACGAAAUUAAACCGUACAUGUUUAUUAAAAAAUUGAGCGACAUUUUGGAUUCCAUAGGAGUGGAAGCCACUGGAAUAGAAAGAGUCUCGCCCUAUAGGCGGUCCACCAAUAAGGCCAAGCAGCUCAUAACCGUGAUCGGCCUUUGGUUUUCUGCGUGCGGCGGUCUUUCAUCGAUGUCGGUGUUUUACCUCGGGCCGUUAUUGUUUGGGCUCGGGCUCAAGAAAUCCAUGAUCACCGGAAUGUUGGGCCAGUUCUUUGGCUGUUUGGUGGCGGCCUAUUGCUCCCUCAUGGGCCCCCGGUCGGGGUGCCGGCAAAUGGUCACAGCGCGUUUUCUUUUCGGCUGGUGGAUGGUGAAGUUGGUGGCCAUAGUCAGCAUAGUGGGUGUCAUGGGCUGGUCUGUGGUCAAUUGCAUUGUGGGCGGACAAAUCUUGAACUCUGUGAGCGACGGCAAGGUGCUGUUGGUGGUGUCCAUUGUGAUUAUCGCCGUAGUGUCUUUGUGCAUUUCGAUCGGCGGAAUCAGGCCCUUGCUCAAGGUCGAGGCACUUCUCUCUGUUCCUGUGAUGACUGCGUUCAUGAUGUUGUAUAUCGUAUUGGCAAACAAGUACCACUACUUAUCGCUAGCCGACGCAGUGGGAGAAGACUCGGCCACGAUACGGGGAAACGCCAUUUCGUUUUUUGCCUUGUGCUUCUCAACGACCUCGACCUGGGGCUCUAUUGCUGCGGACUACUACAUUUUGUUUCCGCAGGACACGCCCGAUCUAAAGGUUUUUGCAUUGACAUUUUUUGGCAUCUUCCUUCCAACGUCGUUUGUGGGAAUCGUCGCUCUUUUGAUCGGUAACAUUGCCAUGAACUACACGCCAUGGGCAGAAGCUUACGACACGUUGGGUAUGGGAGGGCUCUUGGCUGCUGUUUUCGAGCCCUGGGGUGCCGGGGGGAAAUUCUUGUUAGUGCUUAUUUUCCUUUCGUUGAUCUCCAACAACAUCAUCAACACGUACCUGGCGGUAUUUGGCAUGCAAAUCAUUGGUCUCCCCUUGGCCCGGGUCCCCAGAUGGCUCUGGUCGCUUCUCAUGACCGGUUUGUACUUGGCGUUGUCGAUCAUUGGCCGGUACAAGUUCGCCACGAUUUUGGGCAACUUCUUGCCUAUGGUUGGGUACUGGAUUUCCAUCUAUUUUUUUCUUCUCUUGGAAGAAAACACUAUCUUCCGCACGAAGCGAAUGAAGCAUUUGUACACCAAAGAAUUCGAAGACACGGACUCCGACACCUCGUCCUUAAGUGGCGGCGAAAACUGCAACUACAACUUCCUUAUAUGGAACACGCAAGGAAAGCUCACGCAGGGCUUUGCUGCCACCGUGGCGUUUCUUUGUGGCGCUGCUGGGGCUGCUGUAGGAAUGUCCCAAACAUACUGGGUGGGGCCUUUGGCCAGGAAAGUUGGUGGCGAAUAUGGUGGAGAUAUUGCCAUGUGGCUUUGUAUGGGAUUCAGUGGGGUGGUCUAUCCAUGGCUUCGGUACUUGGAGCUCAAAAAGUUUGGGCGAUAACUUUAUUUAUGGCUCUUUUGCAAGUUCCGACGGUUUUCUUGUGUUACCAGAUUAAGAGUCAUACUCGGACAUCGAUAUCUGUACGGUUCGACAUUCAUGCAAUCUAAUACCUUUUGCUGGUACUUGAUGACUCUGUAUAUCCUAGAGUAUCAGUAAUAUAUUUAUAAUUCCUGAGAUUUGAAAAUACGUAUCCGUGGACUCUCAGACUCUGUUUAGACAUAGUUCUAUUGGUGUAUUUCCAAAAUAAAAUAUCACGACUGUGCA